UGCAGUUUGUGGUCACCUAUCACCAAAAAUCUGACCAUUAUUUAUGGUCUGUUUAUUUUAGGUCCGAAUAAGAGAUUUAUAUUUUAGUCAUUUAGCAGAUGCUCUUAUCCAUCAUACAGGCACAAUUAGGGCAUAUAAACAUAUGUUUCACCUAGUCAGCUCAGGGAUUCGAAACGGCAACCUUUCAGUUACUGGCCCAACGCUAUUACCUGCUAAGCUACCUGCCGCUUUUGAACUUUGACAAUGGCAGGUGCUGUCUGUCUCUCCAGCAGUAGUUGAAGGGGAAAGAUGUAUCACCAUACCAUUCUCGCUCUCUCACUCUCGCUCUCUCAGGUCCAUCCCCUUCAGAUUCAAAUUCCCAUUCUGACUUGACAGUGCGCCUAGUUGAUGGUCCCAAUCGCUGCUCUGGCAGGGUGGAGGUCUACAAGGAUGGGAGUUGGGGGACAGUCUGUGAUGAUAACUGGGCUUUGCUAGAUGCCCAAGUUGUGUGUAGGGAGCUGAGCUGUGGACCAGCCACAGAGGCUCCUCACCAGGCUCACUUUGGUGAAGGGAGUGGCUCAAUCCUAUUGGAUGAUGUGGCGUGCAUGGGAAGUGAGGGAUCUUUACUGGAAUGCAGGUCUGGAGGGAUAGGAAACCAUGACUGUGGCCAUGAUGAAGAUGCCAGUGUGACUUGCAUGAUGGAACAAGAGGACCCAUUUAGAAACAUUGUCAUUUCCAGCGUGCGUCUGGUCAACGGUCCCAACAACUGCUCUGGUAGAGUGGAGGUGUUCGACUCUGGCCAGUGGGGUACAGUGUGUGAUGAUGGCUGGGAUCAGAGGGAUGCUCAGGUGAUGUGCAGAGAAUUGGGCUGUGGAGAAGCACUAGAGGCCUUUGGAUCUGCCAGGUUUGGAAAGGGCAUGGGCUCCAUCUCUCUGGAUGACCUUGCCUGUUCUGGCUCUGAAGACUCUUUGCUGCAGUGUCCCCACAGUGGACUGGGGAACCAUGACUGUGGCCACCAUGAAGAUGCAGGAGUCACCUGCACUGGUACUGCUUCUGGGGGCUUCUGAAAGCAUGUAGAGCUCUCAUCCAUCCAGUCUAGUAGUAAGAAUGGUCAACCAUAGAUACUGUAUGUACUUUCAAAUGAUAUUUAUAUGAUGCCAACUCUCUCCAUCUGGGACAUGCUGUUGUGCAAAUCAAACACACUUCUAAAAAUACAGUGCAGAAAACCAUUAUCAGUAACUAUUUAAUUCUGGCUAGAGGGAAUUUUUUGCUUUCAGCAGGGAAUAUGGCAUCCAACCAUUUAAAAUCCUGCCUCAUUUUAUCAUUCAUAAUAGCCCUCUUUAAUGACACAAUGCCAAGAAGGUUGCUGUGUCAGAGUUUCCAGAUUGAGAAGGUGAAGACAACCCAGGCCAGCCAAGCCCCAAAAGCCUUCUAAAUUUGAACACAAAUACAGUUAAAAUGCAAUCACAUGAGGUAUAAGAUGAAUAUGCAUAAGGUGUUGAAAAUUAUUUGUAUAGUGUUGACAAUACUGUAACUAAUAAAUUAGAAAGUGAACUGAAAUAUAAUUCAAAAAAAUCAUCAGAGAAAAUAAUGGGCAAUUUUUAAUUUAUGGAUUUAAUUUCAAUUCAUUACAUGAUAUUUAGUCAUUUAAAAGUUUGUGUUGACAUUUUUCUAGUUCUACAAAACAUUGUAUUUGUAUUCCUGCAUAGUUUGCUUUCUACAAUUAACAGGACCGUGA